GGGUGGAUGCAAGCAGCAUCCAUGGGUGGGGGAAAGGCUGGACUCCUGCUGACCCCUCCUUGCUGUGUGCCCUCUCAGGUGGCGCUGCUGGAUGCUGCUUCCUGCUGUGAGGAGGAAGAGUUCCCGGAGGCCCUAUGCCCCAGGGAGGAGGAAGAGGAGGAGGAAGAAUACAGGCAAAGGAGAUCUGUCACCUUCACACUGGGAAAUGAGAUACUGGGGCUGGGCCCAGAAAGUGAGUUUCAGAGCCCUGACGCCGAGGUCUACAUGCACUUCUUACGGAGCCACUGCUGCUAUGAUGCCAUCCCCACCAGCUGCAAGCUUGUCGUCUUCGACAUCUCCCUGGAGAUCAAGAAAGCCUUUGUGGCACUGGUGGCCAAUGGGGUGCGUGCUGCCCCACUCUGGGAUAGCAAGACACAGAGCUUUGUGGGGAUGCUCACCAUCACCGACUUCAUCAACAUCCUACACCGUUACUACCGCUCACCCCUGGUUCAAAUCUACGAGGUGGAGGAGCACAAGAUUGAGACAUGGAGAGAGGUGUACCUGCAGGGCUCCUUCAAGCCAUUGGUCUACCUCUCCCCAAGCAAUAGCCUCUUUGAUGCUGUCUACUCCCUGAUCAAGCAUAAAAUCCACCGCCUGCCUGUCAUCGAGCCUGUCUCGGGCAAUGUCCUGCACAUCCUGACGCACAAGCGCAUCCUCAAGUUUCUCCACAUCUUUGGCUCUACCAUUCCCAAGCCACGCUUCCUGAAAAAAACAGUGCAGGAGCUGCGCAUUGGCACCUUUCGUGACCUGGCUGUUGUGCCUGAGACUGCCCCGAUCUACACUGCCUUGGAGAUCUUCGUGGAUCGCCGUGUCUCUGCCUUGCCCGUCAUCAAUGAUGCCGGGCAAGUGGUUGGCUUGUACUCCCGGUUUGAUGUCAUUCACCUGGCAGCUCAGAAGACCUACAACAACCUGGACAUCAGUGUGCGAGAGGCACUGCGGCAGCGCAGUAUCUGCCUGGAGGAGGUCAUCACCUGCUACCCCCAUGAGCACAUGGAGGACAUCAUUGACCGCCUUGCCAAGGAGCAGGUCCAUCGCCUGGUUCUGGUAGAUGAGAACCGGUACCCGCGGGGCAUUGUCUCCCUCUCUGACGUCCUCCAGGCCCUUGUGCUCACUCCUGCAGGUAUCGAUGCUCUUAACUCUUAGGCCACGGCGCUCCAUCUUUCUCCACUUGCACUCUCCAUUUCUCUCCACUUCAGGCUUCCAUCGAUCCUCACUCUGAAGACACCAGGAAGUGCCACUGUCUUGUCUGACUCGGGAGUCUCUUGCAUGGCCUGUGAGAAGGAGGCUUUGGCCUGAAGGCUCUCUGCAGGGAGGAUCUGCCUGUUCACCCCAGUCCUGGGGCUCGUCUUGAGUCCAGGGCCAGAUCCUGCCAGCCUUGGGGAGGCAGAAAGUGUGGAAAAGGGGGCCCAGGGGUGCCUCCUGCCAGUGAGCACACAGUGAUGCUUGAUGGGCACUGUGCUGGAGGAGCCAUUACAUGCCUGUGGCUGGGCACAGAGACCCACACAGCCCCAGAAGACCUGGUCACCCCACUCCCAUCCUGCUGCUGGAUUUGAGCGUUUCCACUGUUGCUCCCUCCCACCAUCUGUGCCCGGUGCCUGGUAGCAUAGGCUGAGCUGCACACACAGGCUUGCUUUUGUAAGGUCACAUGGGGCUUGAGCUCCCUGGCAGAGGCACAGCCUGUGCCAGAGCUGGCACCAGGAUGGGCACUUGCAUGGGGACCCUGUGCACGUUUUGGGGUGGGCAGGGUAUAUUUAUUUAUUUAUUGGUCUGUUCAGCCUCGUUGUAACAAAGAGUCUGAUCCAA